AUGGACUUCGACCAAGAGCACGCCUACUCGGGCGACGACCCCCAACCUAAGCCCCGCCAGCUGCCCGCCGCCCUGCCUGCCGACCUGCCCACGUCGCUGGAUGAUAGAAGAGCACCGCACAUGCCCCCUGAGGAAAUGGAGAUUUACGAUGCCUGGCAGGGGCAGUCGCAGUUUCUCACCACCCCUACGCCCGCCCAGCCCUUGACCUUCAACCUCUCCCUCGAUGAUCCGAGCUUCGGCGACGAGGACAUGCAGCAGCUGGAAGACAGCGACAGUCGCUUGGUACAGAUGCUCGCCCAUCAGGCUCGCCUGAAAAACGACAAUAGCGGGGACGAGGCAAAGGUGGUCGCCGAUGAUAAGCUUUCCUAUGAGGAAAAGCAGCAGGCAUUGCAGGGCUUGUUUACUCUGGCAGCAUCCAAUGGCGAGCUGCAGAGAGUGAAGCGGCUCCUGGACGGCAAGGCUCGCGAGUACAUCGACAUGGACGGGGUGGACGCUGAGGGCACGCCCCCGCUCGUCUACGCAAGCUGUUUUGGUCACGAAGACAUCGCCGAGACACUGCUCAAAGAAGGAGCCAAGGUGGAUGUGCAGGAUAAGAACCUUUGGACUCCGCUGAUCUGGGCCAUGACCAACAGACACAAGGGCAUCGUCAAGCUCCUGCUCGAGAAUGGCGCUUCUCCUGACCACAAAUCAUCUGGUGGUAGGACCGCGUUCGACUUCGUAGAGCCCAACAGCGAGAUCUCGGACUAUCUGCACGAUGCCGGUUACAGCAUUGGGAACGCUGGGGUAACUGACGACUUUUAUAGCUCGGGGUUUUCGCAAGACCGCUUCGAGCAGGAAAUGCAAGAAAAUGACCUGAAACGACGAAUGAUGAUGGAAAGUGCUUUCAACUUGGAGGUUGAUCUUGGGAACCUGGGUCUAGACGAACAGCCAGAGUCACCCGAAGAACUGGAAGAAGAGGGCCAAGAAUUCGUCUGGGACCGAUGCCUCAACGAUCAGAUGUUUGUCUUUCAAGAAAAUGAACUCGAUCGCAUACUGGACAUCAUAAUCACCAACAUGACGCCUCAACGGUCUCCGUCACAGAAGCCGAUUCCAGCGAACAUCUUGUUCCUCAGCGCUCGAUAUGCACACUACCAUUCCGGCACAGAGCUGCUAGAGAUCUUGCUCUCCGCGGCUAUGGAAAAGAUCAAUGAUAUCGUCGAGAAGCACCAAUGGGAUAUGACGGUACUUGCAUUCUGGAUAUCGAAUGCAACGUUGUUACUCCAUUACCUUAAGAAGGAUACAGGGCUUGUCGCGGCCACUGCCGAGUUUCAGCUGCAAUUGGCCGAGCUCAUCAACGAGAUAUUCAUUCUCAUCAUAAGAGAUGCAGAGCGGAGAAUGGACAAGGUCCUGGACCAGGCCAUGCUUGACCAUGAACCGAUGCCGGGCUUUGAGGAUAUCCAAUUCCAGAACGAAUGGAAGAUCUUCAAGACCAGACAAAAAGCGAAGCCCGUGGAACCCUUCGAAAAACGCUUUCGUCCUCCGUCUCCCAAGCAGAGGAUGAAGCCCUCCGCUAGAAAUAUUACCUCGCUUCUCUCGUCGACUCUUUUCGUAUUAGAUCUCUACGAUAUUCAUUCAGUCAUCACAGCACAGAUUCUUUCACAACUCAUCUAUUGGCUCUCCGCAGAGCUUUUCAAUCGCAUCAUGUCAAAUCGCAAGUACCUGGCCCGCACCAAGGCGAUGCAGAUCCGCAUGAAUGUUUCCACAAUCGAAGAAUGGGUUCGCUCAAACAAUCGACAGCCCGAACAUUACGAAAAUGGCUCAAUGACAUCGACAGGAGAGACAAGUGCCGAGUCCGCAAAGCGUCAUCUCGAGCCACUCGUCCAGUUGCUCCAAUGGCUACAAUGUUUCUCCUCUAUUGGCGACGAUCUAGAGGAUCUUAAGAGCACGAUAGACCAAUUGACUCGACUGUCACCCCAGCAGUUGCUCCACGCUGCAAAGUACUAUCGAGCCGAAGUGGGUGAGAAGGGUAUAACUAAGAGUGCGCGCAAUUAUAUCAACGGACUCCAAAAGGCUGCUGCAGAACGGAGGGCCGCUCGCGGGAGAUCUCCCAAUCCUCCACCCAGGGCACCGGUCUCAACUCCUUCAACGCCCGUCAAACCAAUUUCGCAGCCCAAUCUAUCGCAUUCGCCAGCACCCUCCAGAUUGUCCGAAGACGAUCAAGAGCGGGACGCCCCCGAUGAGCUGCUGUUCGACCCGUCUUACAUGCUACCUUUCCAUCUGCCCACUUCGACCGACAUGCUUAUCACAUUUGGAGCAGGGUUUGGUGGUAUGAACAAAGAGCGCGAAAGGAAAUACAUACCUACUGUGCCGCCGGAGUUCUUGUCCAAGCUUGAUUUGAGCGGCGGCAAUAAGAAUGGGUCGAGCUUGUAUGAUGAGACAAAAUGGGAGAAUCAGGGUUACCGGUGA